GCAGUAUCGAAACGUAGACAACGACAUUACAUUUCAAAAUAAUAUUUUGGAAUGGAGAAUUGGAGAUUUGGUUUGUUAUAUGAAACGAAAUAUAUGAAAUAAAAUAACAAAAAAAUGGAGAAUUCAUUUUUUGAAUACCGAGACCAGUCGGGGGUGGAAGUAGAAAGUGAUUCAGAUACUGACAUUAUCGAAGAAAGUUUUCUCGAAGAAUUAAUGCCAAAAACUCCUAUGAAAACUCCCAUGCGAAAUAACCUCACGGUUGUACCUGAUUCAGAUGAAUCUCUUGUUUACGAUGGGUCAGAUAAUGAAACAGACAAUCCCCAGGCACCAAAAACUAUAAUAGGGAGCAGUGAUGAUGAGGAAGUCUCCCCAGAACUGCUACCCAAACGUCGCCCACCUAUCCGCCCGAAAUCCCUCAACACCACCACAGACUCUCCCGUCAUCCGCAGAGUCAAAAAGCGCAUGGUCCUCGACUCUGACUCUGACAACUCCAUAAUCAUCGAAAAAGCCGUUAAAAGUAAAGUGAGAUGCCAGAAAGAAACGCCUUUAAAGAUUGAUGGUGGGAAAGAUGGUAAAGUAAAUGAUAGUGACGAAAGUUGUGAUGAAACUAUGGAUGAUGGUGAUGAUACUUUUAAGAUUGACCAAGGGAAAGGUGAUGAUGAGGAAAGUGAUUAUGAAGAAGAGAUUGACAAUGGUAAUGAUACUAAUGAUAGUGAAGUUGAAAGUGAUUCUAGUCAUAAUGAUAAAACUAUGGAUGAGCAAGGCAAAGAUGACAAAGACGAUACCAGUGCGGAAAGCGAUGAUGACGCCGAAGUCGGUGAGAAAACGGCUGAUGACCAUGAUGAAGAAGGUUAUGAUGAGGGUCCCAACGAGGACCUGAUGGUGAUGUCGCGCGCGACAAGAAUGAGUAUUAUGGGAAUAAUACCGAAACAGAACGAAAGUGACGAGUCGGACUUUAUCGAGUCUGAUGAGAGCGUAAAACCUAGCAUCAGAGGCUCAACAGAAAGCUUAACCGACCUACCUGCUGACGUUGCUACAAACAGAACACCCCUCGCUGAAUCUACCCGGCGAGUCACAGAAAUGAACCUGUCACCUCCUGAAGAUGGAGGUUCUCUUGAAGACAGCGACUCAGAUUUACCAGAAGUCAACACCACCCGGACACCACAUAAGCCAAAAACACCAAAACCUUCGACACCUCAUGAAGGUUUUGAGGACAGCGACUCAGAUUUACCAGAAGUCAACAUAACCACCCGGACACCACAUAAGCCAAAAACACCAAAACCUUUAACACCAGUAAAAGCUUUAGAUGAUAGUAAUAAUGAUUCUGUGUUAACCUGCUCACCAAUACAGAGCCCUUUGCGUGAUGUAACUGCAGAUUUUAACAAUUCUCCAAAAUCGGCAAAAAAAACUCUAAAAGACAAAGUUUUAAAUAAUUUACUAGCAAAUGAUAAUAAAACUUAUUACGACGGAGAAGUUACAGUAGUUGACGAUGGUUUUGCGAAACCAAAAAGUAAAAUCACUAAGAAUACUUAUUAUGACGGUGAAGUAACAGUUGUGGAAGAAACGGGGAAAGUGGGGAAGGAGAAUGUGCGUGAAGAUGAAGAUGUGACUGUGAUCGAGUCGGUGCCGGAGGUCAUCAUGCUGAGCAGUGAUGAAGAGGAUGAGCUAUCCGCCCCAAAGGUCACCAUCAAAACUUCCCCAAAGUCAAAAACCUCUCCGAAGCCGAAGCGCGAGAACACUAUGAAAAAGUACCUGCCACCGCCUAGCUACCCGAACCAAGUGGUCUACGUGCCUAAACAUAUUCUGGACCGAGAACUUAGCAAGCUCAGUGGCAUGCAAGCGGACUUACACAACGUCAAGAACCUUCUGGACAAAAUGGACGUCAGCACACUCCCCGACGGCGGUUCCAAGCUCAUCAGCCGUCUCACCGAACUAGAGGCGGAAUUGCGGCGACAAGGCGAUAAAGUCGGCAAUAUGGUGGUGGAACCUUCUGUGCCCACACCCGCGGAUAUAGCGAGGGAUGGAUACGACCAGGGACUGUCGUGGGACGAUCUGCAGAAGGCCAGCAAUGCUGUGCAGCCCAGGAUGUUUGGCAAGCAGGCAAUGUCGAGCCAUCUUGCGGAGCGGAACCUAAUCCUCGAGCGUCUCCGCGACCUCCACUCUGCAUUAGCCACACGACCAGCUGAAGAAAAACAAGCAAAAGCACCGGCUGCCUUGAAAACAGAACUCAUGCCGCAUCAGAAACACGCGCUGGCUUGGUUAAGGUGGCGAGAAGGGCUCAAUCCUCAUGGGGGCAUUCUGGCGGACGACAUGGGUCUAGGCAAGACUAUCACAAUGAUCUCCCUGAUCGCGGGCGACCGGGAGAUCGCUGAUGAUGGGGAGGAAUCGGACGAUGAUGAUGAUGAGCGAUCCAGGGGCAGACUAACAAAAGGCGGCACACUAGUUGUAUGCCCGGCAUCUCUCAUGACCCAGUGGGAAGGAGAGGUUAAGAAGCACUGUCUCCCUCACCGAGUAACCACCGUGCUACAUCACGGGGCCUCGAGAGCCACUCAGCCUCAACGACUCGCGCACACGGAUAUAGUGAUGACUACUUACAACAUACUGCAGAGGGACAGCGAGAAGAACGGAGUCCUGAUGCGUAUAUCUUGGCGCCGCGUUAUCCUGGACGAGGCGCACAUGGUGCGCAACCACAAGAGCGCCACCUCCCGCGCCGUGUGCGGGCUGCGCGCGCGCCGCCGCUGGGCGCUCACCGGCACUCCGCUGCACAACAAGGAUUUGGACCUGUUCGCUCUGCUUAAGUUUCUGCAGUGUACGCCCUUCGAUGAUCUCGCCAUGUGGAAGAAAUGGAUCGACAACAAAAGUCAGGGCGGGCAGGAGAGGCUGAGCACCAUCAUGCGCUGCAUCAUGCUGCGGAGGACCAAGGUGCAGCUGCAGGCUAAAGGGCAACUCAAGGACCUGCCGGAGCGAACCGCCCACCAAUGCCACGUGACGCUCACUAAAGAAGAGAUGAAUGUCUACCAGAAAGUGCUCGUGUUUUCGAAGACGCUGUUCGCGCAGUUCCUCCACCAGCGCGCCGAGAAGGACGCCGACGGCGGCUUCGUGCCGCGAGGGGGACAGAAGGACUCCGCCUAUUACCAGAUGCACAAGAAGAUGAUUGCACUACAAGGAGCAAAACCCGUGAAAGCCCACGAGAUCUUGGUUCUCCUCCUGCGGCUCCGUCAAGUGUGCUGCCACUGCGGCCUCAUCGCCGCCAUGCUGGACGCGGACGACGCCGGCGCCCUCGAGGAGGACGAGGGCGGGAAGGAUCUGUUGGCCGAGCUCAACAAGUUGACCUUGGAGGACGCUAAUAAGAGCAACGAUAAUGCGGACGACUCCACAACGGCCCCGGGGGAAGAAGGCACGACGGUAACCGAGGCCAUUCGCUCCGUGCUCUCUCCGAAUAACCCCGUGUUCCAACUUACCAUGCGCUCCUCUAAGAUCGAAGCUGUCAUGGACUGUCUUAAGAAAAAUGUGCUUGUCAAUAAAGGUGAAAAAGCAGUAGUAGUGUCCCAGUGGACGUCGGUGCUAAGCCUCGUGGAGGCCGAGCUGAAGCGGGAGCGCGUGCGCAGCGUGACGCUGAGCGGCGCCGUGCCCGUGCCCGCGCGCGCCGCGCUCGUCGCCGCGCUCAACGACCCCAAGUCCGACGUCCGGAUAAUGCUCCUCUCCCUAUGCGCCGGUGGCGUCGGUCUCAAUUUGUGCGGAGCCUCACAUCUGUUACUGCUGGACCCGCACUGGAACCCGCAGCUGGAGGAGCAGGCGCAGGACAGAAUAUAUCGCGUCGGGCAGACCCGGCCCGUGCACGUCUACAGAUUCAUGUGCGUGGACACAGUGGAGCAGAGCAUCCGAAAGCUCCAAGAUGCCAAAUUAGAGAUGGCGGCCAACGUGCUCACCGGCGCCAGGCACACCAGCGCCUCCAAGCUCAGUAUCGAGGACCUCAAGGUGCUCUUCAACAUGGGACAACAGUAAUAUCGAGUUUCAGUGCUCCUGAACAUACCCCAUCGAACCUAUGUAAGCUGGAGAUGCCAACGUGCUCCCCAGCGCCUCCAAGCUCAAUAUCGAGGACCUGUAGGUGCUCUUCAACAUGGGACAACAGUAAUAUCGAGCUCCAGUGCUCCUGGACAUACCCCAUCGACCUCUUAACGAAUGGAGGCGUUGAUACACAAAUACUUCCACAUAAAUCAUCACGUCGACAAUGUAAGCUGGAGAUGCCGACGUGCUCACCAGCACCAACAAAGCUCUGCAUCCAAGACUUCAAGGUGCUGUUUAAUAUGGAGCAACAGUAACGUCAACGUGUAAAGGGCAUCAGCUCAACCAUGGGCGUAAGCAGGUACAGUCAGAGCGGGGGGAGGAAGGGGGGGGUCUGCUCCCCCCAGGCCUCCGGUGAUAUCAAUUCCCCCCCCCCCUAGUUCACUGGCUGACUACGCCCAUAAGCUCAACGAGGAUUCCAAGUGCUUUUGGCCUUGAUAAACAUAUUGUGCCAGAAAAUAGUACUUAUGUCAUAAAUUAUUGAGAAAGCUCAUUGUAAAGGAUCUCAAGCAACUUUGACCUUAGUGAACGUCACAAAUAAAGAUUUCGUGGUUGAUGUACUGGUAAUACGUAGUCCGCUUUUAGGUAAGUCACAAGACGCCGGAUGAACCAGUAGGGCCGGUUGGAGACGUACAGUGUUUUCGCGGGUCAUUCCCACUAGUUACCAGUGGUAACUACUGGGUUUUUUUUUCCCACCUUUUACCAGUGGUAACGACUGACAAAAAAAAUCCCGCUAGUUACCACCAACUUGGUUUGAUGGUAACGUCUGGGAUUUUUUUCCCCGGUAGUUACCAGUGGUAAUAAAAGGUUGGAAAAAUUAUCCGAGUAGUUAACAACUUGGGUGGUAACUAGUGGGAAUAACCCGUUUCCGCGGGAAAUCGGACCGUGUUGCGCGACUACGUCCAGUUUUGUAUAUCCAAGAAAACAAGACAUCGUCGCCGAACCCGGACAAUUGUCCGGCGAAAACACCGGACGUCUACAACCGGCCUAACGGCGGCUAAUGUACACAUAUAUUUUGUCAGAAAAUAAAAUAUAAUUUUGUAGCCAAUUGUUAGGGCAGGGUUUGGUUCCUCUCCUGGGAUUCAUUUGAUAGGAAUUUUUGGUAAUUAAUGUUAGUGUUUAGCUUUUGUGAAUACUUUGUUUGAUACAAAUUUUUUUGAAUUCUAUAGAGAAAUGUAGGAAUGUAGUCAUUGCCGUGUAGAUAGACCAAGGUAAGUUGGCAGCGAUUUUGACAUCCCAGACAGUGCAAGUUUUAUUUUAAACGUCAAAAUUGUAUGAAAUUAUGAUGCUUACACUAUCACAGGCUGAGUUAUAAAAAUCGUUGCCAACUUAGCUUGGUCUAACUUCUUUGUAAUUCUGAAAUAAUUUUAAGCCACUGUUUUGUUACUUUUCACACUGGCUAAUAUAUAAAUCGUGAUAAAUAAUGGUUUACCUUUUCGCCGCCAAGGAAAUAAAGCGAUGUGGCACCCCCACGCCACGUAAGUUUUAUCAAAGAAAAUUUGUGAUUAGAGGUGGAUUGUCAAAAUAAACUUAGUAGCUACAAUUAAUUUACUGCCAUCUUUCGACACAUGAUUAAAUCUUUUAGAACGCCAUCGCCAUUUGAGUUUGAUCCAUUAUUUCAUUGAUAUGUGUUAAGUUUGUUAAAUAUCAAAAAGUGGCGCCAUCUACUAUGCCAAAGGUAUGGUGGCAUCGCUCAAAAAGUUGUAAUCAUGUGUCGAAAGAUGACAGUAAAUUGAGUAUGGCUACAAAGUUUACUUUGAAAAUCCACCUCAAUUUCAAAUUCUCUUUGGUUUUGUCGUAUUCUUUCAACUUCGUAUGCAGUUGCUGGCAGGUGGGUGGCAACAUCGGUGAACUUGAGUUGGAGUUGGCGGUGAAAGAGUUAAUAAUUUUAUAAUUUUACUUGACAUGUCUUAGAUUAAACUUUAAAUAUAUAAAUGAUUUUAAUGUUAUCUUCUUUCUUAUAAGAGACAGUAUAUUUUAAAAUAAAUAAUAAUGUAAUGAAA